CUAAAAGGCAGGUAUGACGAGCGGAUGAGGACCACCAUCUUAUGCAGCAUGAUCGGCCCCUCACAGACUACGACGACCUAGCUCAGCUCAGGAUCCAAAGGACCGGGCUGAAGGACAGGUACGACGAGUGGAUGAGGACCACCGUCUCAUGCAGCAUGAUUGGCUCCUCACAGACUACGACGGCCUAGCUCAGCUCAGGAUCCAAAGGACCGGGCUAAAGGGCAGGUACGACGAGCGAAUGGGGACCACUAUCUUAUGCAGCGUGAUCGGCCCCUCGUCGCCAUCGUGUCUCGUUCAUGUUUGGGAUCACUAUUCCUUUCUAGGAUGGGACCCGUCACUGUAUAUCACGCCUGACACACCCACAUUCAUGCAUCACAUCUCAUAUAUUCAUGCAUACGCACAUACAUCGUAUUUAGGGCCGUCGCCUUUAUAUGUGCAAGGGCCUCUAAGCUUCUCGGUUGGAAAGCCGAGUCAGAGUCCUCUACUCCCACCUGAUACAUUUAGGGGGAGAGCGUCUUACCGACGGAUUACGUUAGAGAGACAGACAUCCACUCAUAUAGUGGGAUUGCUCGAAGGCUCAGGUCCAAGGAAGACAGAGGAAGAGUGCAGACAAGAGUAUAUUUUCUUGAGCAGAUUCGCACGCUCACUACUCAAGAAACUGGGGGACUUGUGUUGGGAUAUAUCAUCCCGGCUUAUUACUGUUCAGAAGUCCAACCCAUUACCCCGGGUCAGAGCCCAAUCGACGAGGGUCGUUUUCAGCUUUUCAGGCUUGUUUUGGCCUUUGGGCCCGUUUUGGUCCACUUUGGCCCAUUAGGUUAGAAAUGAACCCUCCCCCAUUUCCCCUAUAAAUAGAGGCUUUCCCACAAUGUUUAGGGACUUUUUUUCUCUUCUUCCCCACACCCCACUUCUCUCUAGGGUUUGGAGCUCCAUUAAUGGCUACCAAGGCUCAAGCUUGUACAUUGUAAUGGUGAGGAGGGAUUAAUGAGAAUGAGAGGGCUUGGACAUUAGCCAAAACAGUCCCGUGGUUUUCUCCCUUUCCGGGUUUCCACGUAAAAAUCAUUUUUUAUAUUUUAUUAUCACCACAUAGCCAUGAAACCCUCCCGAAAGGGGUGUUGUACUUCCGGGCUACGGCGAAUUAACCUCAACAGGAAGGAAGAUGGGGUGUGGUGCACGGACAGGGUUGAUCUGGGAGCUAUGGUCACAGAUUAUUUUUUGUCUUUGUUUCAGGUUUCGGAGCAGAACCGGUUGACGGAUGUCCGAGGGGAGUUUUCUCAGGUGAUCGAGACCCAAAACCAAGCUUUACUACAGCCUAUCAGUCCGGAGGAGGUUAAAACGGCGGUCUUUGAUAUGCACCCAGAGAAAUCACCUGGAUCGGAUGUUUUGCGUCUUCGACUCUUCAUGAAUGCGUACUCGAAUAGUCGAACAAAUGGAGAAAUCGAAGCGAUGAAGAAUGCGAUUUUCGAGGAGACCAGCGAUUUGAGCAAUUUUCGAACAGUCAACAGUCGAACAAAGCUCCGUGAUGUGUGUCUGCAGCAUGAAAGCCGAAGCAAGGGCAAGAGCUAAGGGCGCAAGGCUUCAAGCUUUCAGUCUGCUGGACGCCUGGACGGACUGCUGCCUGCGAGUUAUCAAGGCAUCAAGAUUCAAGUGGGCACUGGCUAAUUGGCUAUUCUGUUAAUCUGUUUCAGUUUCACAGUUCCAGGGCUUCACUCAUCAGUCAUCACUUCUUCAGCCUUCAGGUGUUUUUGUUCUUAUUCAUACUUUUUAAUUAUUAAUUUGGGUUCAUCUACAUCUUAUAAAUUACAAUUUAGAAAUUGAUAUUUGAAAAAGCCUCCUAGAAUUAGAAAAUAUGAAUUUGGAUAUGAAAAACGAAUGAAGAAAAAAAUAGAUGAGUUUAUUUUUUCUCAAAAAGGAGCUUUAGAAAAAUUUGUUACAAGAGAAUCACAAAGUGUUGUUGCGAAUGAAAAUAUCUGUGCUAGUAGUGGUGUUGAUGUUGAUGAUAUUGUUGGUGCAACUGAUAAUGAUGUUGAUGUUGAUGAUUGUGUUGAUGGAAAUGUUAAUGUUGUUGAUGAUGAUCUUGGUGCAACUGCUAAUGUUAAUGUUGAUGGCAUUGUUAAUUCUAGUUGUGAAUUUGAUGAUAAUGUUGUUGCUAAUGAUGCUUUUGAAGCAGAAGCUAAUGUUGACAAUCAUGUUACUAUUGAAAGUUUUGAUAUAUUUGAUCCAAGAAAUUGGGAUAUUCUUGAUUCUAACAUGAUUAAUAAUUUAGUUGAAAAGGGUCCAAUUAGAGAUUUAUCUAUCACUAAGGGUCCUAAAGAUCAAUCACCAAGAAGGUUUUCAGCUGCAUUUUACACUAGAAUUUUACCAAAUAGAGAGAAGUGUGAUAGAGAAUGGCUAGUGUAUUCAAAGGAACUUUAUAAAGUUUUCUAUUUUUGCUGUAAAAUAUUUUAAAAAGGAAUUGGUCGAAAUCAAUUAGCGAAUGAGGGAUUUGGAGAUUGGACACAUGUUACCACUAGGCUUAGAGAACAUGAAUGUAGUGUUGAACAUCUUAAAAAUAUGACUACAUGGUAUGAUUUGCGUUUAAGAUUGCAGAAAAAUCAAACGAUUGAUAAAACUUCUCAAAAACUUUUUGAAAAAGAAAAAGAGCAUUGGAGAAAGAUGUUGAGAAUUGUUUCAGUGGUGAAAUUUCUUGCUAAACAUAAUCUUGCAUUUCGUGGUACGAAUAAGAAGUUGUAUCAAAAUAGUAAUGGAAAUUUUUUGGGCUUAAUUGAGAUGUUGGAAGAGUUUGACCCUGUGGUUCAAGAACAUGUUCAACAUAUUAAAAAUGAUGAAAUUCAUUAUCAUUAUCUAGGGCAUAGGAUCCAAAAUGAGUUAAUACUCUUGCUUGGUUCUCAAAUUAAAUCUGUAAUUAUUGAAAAAAUCAAACAAGCAAAGUACUUUUCUGUGAUACUUGAUUGUACCCCUGAUAUAAGUCAUCAAGAACAAAUGUCUUUAAUAUUGAGAUAUGUGGAUGUCUCGUCAAACUCAGUUAGCGUUGAGGAAUCAUUCUUAGGGUUUUUGAAUGUUAAUGAUACGACUGGUCAAGGUCUUUUUAAUGUUAUGCAAAAUGAAUUGGUCUCUCUUGAUCUUGAGCUUGAUAACGUAAGAGGACAGAGAUAUGAUAAUAUGAAAGGAAAACAUCAAGGAGUGCAAAAAAAAUUGCUGGAUUUAAAUCCUAGAGCUUUUUAUACUCCAUGUGGUUGUCAUAGCCUUAAUUUGACUUUAUGUGACAUGACGAAUACUUGUGGUAAAGCUAAAUAUUUUUUUGGAGUUAUUCAACGUAUCUAUACAAUUUUUGCAAAUUCCACUGAGGAUGGCAAAUUUGGAAAGAAAAUAUAAAGGGAUUAACUCUUAAAUCAUUGUCAUCUACUUGUUGGGAGAGCCGUGUUGAUAGUGUUAAAGCUAUAAGAUUUCAGGUUUUAGAAAUACGAGAAGCUUUACUUGAAGUAGCAAAAACCGACAAUGAUUCCAAAAUUAGGAGCGAAGCAAAAUCUUUAGCCGAAAAUGAUCUUGGUAAUUUUGAAUUCAUUGUUGCGGUAGUUAUUUGGUAUGAAAUCUUAUAUGCUGUAAAUUUAGUUAGCAAGGAUUUGCAAAAGAUUGACAUGCUUCUUGAUGUUGCUAUUGAAAAAUUGAAGGGGUUAAUUUCUUAUUUUGAAAAGUAUAGAGAAACUGGUUUCUCAAGUGCCUUAGAAAUUGCAUCGGGCAUUUGUAUUGAAUUGAACAUUGCCGCCGUAUUUCCUCAAAAGCAGCAAAUUAGAAGGAAACGACAAUUUGAUGAGAAUCCAGAUGAUGUGUGUUUUAGUGUUUCUCAAUCUGCACAGGAGUUGUUUAGAGUUAAUUAUUUCUUGUGCAUUGUUGAUCAAGCAAUAACAUCACUUACCACAAGAUUUGAACAAUAUCAACAAUAUGAGAAUAUUUUUGGGUUUUUAUUUACCUCCGAAAAGUUGCGUUUAUUAGAUGAUAACAAUUUGAAAUCUUGUUAUAGUUGUCUUGAAGCAUCACUUAAGAAGGAUGAACAAUCAAAUUUUGAUGGAAAUGAAUUAUAUGUAGAAUUAAAGUUGCUUAAAGACUUUUUGCCAAUGGAGACUAUGGGGCCUGUUGAUGUCUUGAAAAUUUUAAAACGUCUUGAUUGCUUUCCUAAUGCGGUUAUUACUUAUAGAGUUCUUUUGACUAUUCCCAUUACUGUUGCAACUGUAGAGCGAAGCUUUUCAAAACUGAAGGCGUUAAAGACUUACAUGCGGUCAACAAUGACAUAAGAAAGACUUAACGGAUUGGCUUUAGUGGCAAUUGAGAGCGACAUAUUGGAGAAGAUUGCAUAUGAAGACCUUAUCGAAGACUUUAUUUCAAAGAAUCUUAGAAGGAUAGCAUUAUUUAAAUAAGUGUAGUUUAAUUUCAAAAUAUUGGAUGUGAUUUUGAUGCUCUUGAUGUAUUAGUCGAAGAAAAAUUGCAUUUUAGUAUGAAGUAUAAUUAUAAAAUAUGAUAUUACUUUUUAUUUAA